GGUCACGUGACAGUUUUGUCAGCUGGGCAGGACGUCGCAAAGAUGGUGAUAUUCAGUGUAUAUGUGGUGAAUAAAGCUGGAGGUUUAAUUUACCAAUAUGACAACUAUGUGCCGAGAGCGGAGGUCGAGAAGACCUUCAGUUAUCCUUUAGAUUUAGUGCUGAAGCACCACGACGAGAAGGUCGUGGUUUCGUUCGGACAGCGGGACGGAAUCAGAGUGGGCCACGCAGUGCUGUCGAUCAAUGGAGUGGAUGUGGUCGGGAAGAAUACAUCUGAAGGAAAAGACAUCCUUGAAUACUUGAAGGAUCCCUCCAAUUAUCCGGUGUCUAUUCGCUUUGGACGAGCACGCCUGAGCUCCAAUGAGAAGCUGAUGCUGGCCUCCAUGUUCCACUCGUUGUUUGCUAUAGGUUCACAGCUGUCCCCUGAAGCUGGCAGUUCAGGGAUUGAGAUGCUAGAAACGGACGUCUUCAAACUCCACUGCUUCCAGACUCUCACAGGGAUAAAGUUUAUCGUGCUGGCGGACCCUCGACAGUCUGGUAUUGAUGCGCUUCUGAGGAAGAUUUAUGAGAUCUAUUCAGACUUUGCCCUCAAGAACCCGUUUUAUUCUCUGGAAAUGCCAAUCAGGUGUGAACUCUUUGAUCAGAAUCUGAAAAGUGCGCUGGAGGUCGCAGAGAAAGCUGGAAACUUUGGAGCAGGAUCUUAAACCAGAGAGGACAACAGAUUCAGAGACUGGAAAGAAAUUAGUGUAUUGUUUUUGGGGCUUUUUUUUUUUUUUUUUUUUUUUUACCAAUUUCUUUUUUCCCCAGUUGCUCUUUAACACAUUGUAAAUACAUUUUGUUUUGUAAAUACUUAAAAGAUUAAAUGACAUACAGUAUGUACAUGUUUUGCAUUGUAUUUGUCUUUGGCUGCAUGCAUAUUGAAAUGCUGAGUGAUUUCACAGUAGUCUAUUGGGCAUUGUCUAUGAAUUCUGAAAAUAACUUUUUAAAAAAAUUAUAAA